CCGUCCAUACGUAUUACUUAAAUUGUUUUCUAAGCUUCUUAAUUUUUUAAAAUGGUCGGUGAUGGUUUGAACAGUCCACGCCAUCAGGGCGGCAAAACGGUAACGUCGGAGAAUCAGAAUAUUUUUCCGGACAAGUAUUCGAUGCGUAACACUCGCAUUUUAAACCUUAAGAGGGUCGGCCUCAAGGGCUUGUCGGAGGACAUCAUCGAGACUGCUUGUGCCGAGCUAGUGAACGCUGUGAGCCUUGAGGACAAUCUGUUGACAGAGUUGCCGUGGGAACUGCACAGGAUGAGCGAACUGCUCACUGACCUAGAUCUGAGCAAGAAUAAAGUCUCCUUCAUUCACUCUUUUGUAUCGCGGUUCUCGAGAAUUACUCGCAUAAACUUAUCGUGCAAUUUGUUGCGUGCUUUACCCAUGGAAUUUGCUGGUCUGCAAACGUUAUGCGAAUUGAACAUUUCCCACAAUCGCUUUGAUCAUUUGCCCAGCUGCAUCUACGAGCUGGAGAAACUCGAAAAGCUCGUCGCCAAUGACAAUAAGAUCAAGCAGAUUGAUGCGUCAGAUUGUGGACUGGGUGCUCUGCGCCAACUAAAUUAUCUGAAUCUCAAUAACAAUGAUAUCCAGCUGGUGCCACCCGUGCUGGGUAAUCUCACAAAUAUUACAAAACUAAAGUUAUCUGGAAAUCCAUUCCGUCAACCGCGUCAUCAAAUUUUAGCUUCGGGCACUGGGGCCAUCCUCAAUUAUCUACGUGGCCGUAUUCCAAUGUAACAAGUUAGACGUUAUUUCUGUCGUCUUAAUAAAAUUGUAUUCUGUGUAUAUUAAAAACUA